AUCGAUUUAAUAUUGCACACAAACAUUAAACGCAAUAUAUAAUAUUACCUUGAUGAUGAUUCACAAAAUUAGAUCCCGUGUUUGUGUUUUCAAUAAUAAAAUUCUAGCUAUUUUGUUACAACAGAAUUUCUGAUAACUGCUAUAAGAUUUGAUUUGAAUUUAAUUUUUUUGUACAUUUAAUUUCCUGUUUUUAGGUUUUUAUCUCGCUGUUCGACUGAUUAUUUUUUCAUAUCUUCCAAUUAUUUGGAUAAUCAUAAUCCCAAAUUUCUUUAAGUGGUUGUCAACGUUGGAAUCAAUAGUGAAACUUUCAAUAUGACUUUCAAUUCAUUAUUCAAUAUAUCAUCACCAUAUGUAAAACGUUUAUUGGGCUGGAAACAAGGUGAUGAAGAAGAAAAAUGGGCCGAAAAGGCUGUUGAUUCACUGGUGAAACGAUUGAAAAAAAGCAAAGGUGCACUUGAAGAUCUUGAAUAUGCUCUUUCACAUCCAGGAAUGCCAUCUAAAUGUGUUACGAUACCAAGAUCAUUGGAUGGCCGUUUACAAGUAUCACAUAGAAAAGGUUUACCACAUGUAAUCUAUUGUCGUGUGUGGCGUUGGCCCGAUCUACAAUCACAUCAUGAGCUUAAACCUGAUGAACGUUGUCAAUAUCCAUUUUCAUCAAAACAAAAGGAUGUUUGCAUCAAUCCUUAUCAUUAUCGUCGUGUGGAAUCACCAAUUUUGCCACCUGUACUCGUGCCAAGAUAUUAUGAUAACAUGAAUGGUAAUAUGAACGGUAAUAUAAUUCAAUCAGGCAAUUCACCAUUGUCAAAUUAUCGAAAUCAGCUUCAAGAUUCUACAAUGUCUCCAAAUGGGACAUAUGAAAAUGAUAAAUACGUUUCGAUGAAUAACGGUAGCAGCCCCAUUUCAAUGGUAUCUUCUCCAUCGCCCAAUUCGAUGAUGUCAUCUCCAUCCCCUAAUUCGAUGAUGUCAUCUCCAUCUCCGCCAUCAUCAUAUAAUUCACUGAUGUCUCCAUCACCACCAUCAAAUUAUCCAGUGAAUGCACCGUCACCAACAUCAAAUGGACAAACAUCACCUAAUUAUAAUCUUCAAGCUGAUUCACCACCACCAUAUACACCUUAUCGAGUGAUGGAACAUUCACGAUUACAACCCGUAGAAUAUCAUGAACCAGCUCAUUGGUGUUCGAUAGCUUAUUAUGAACUUAAUACAAGAGUUGGCGAAAUUUUUCAUGCUACAUCCAACCAGAUUGUGAUUGAUGGUUUUACUGAUCCAAAUAAUAAUAAUAAUCGUUACUGUUUAGGAUUAUUGUCAAAUGUGAAUAGAAAUUCAACAAUCGAAAACACCCGUAGACAUAUUGGAAAAGGCGUUCAAUUAUGGUAUGUUGGUGGGGAAGUUUUUGCCGAAUGCUUAUCCGAUUCUCCAAUAUUUGUACAAUCACGUAACUGUAAUCGUUCUAAUGGUUUCCAUCCGACUACCGUAUGCAAAAUACCGAGCAAUUGUACAUUGAAAAUUUUUGACAAUCAAGAAUUCGCUAGUCUGUUGAACCACGCCGUUAAUGAAGGAUUUGAAUCCGUAUUCGAAUUGGUAAAAAUGUGUACAAUUCGUAUGUCUUUUGUUAAAGGUUGGGGAGCCGAAUAUCAUCGUCAGGAUGUUACUUCAACACCAUGUUGGAUCGAAAUCCAUCUUAAUGGGGCACUAUUGUGGCUGGAUAAAGUAUUAACACAAAUGGGAUCACCAGCAAAUGCCAUUUCUAGCGUUUCAUAAAUGUUUCAAAUUCACAAUUAACAAUAUUACAAAAUUUUUUUUACGUACAAUCAUUUUAUCAAUUUGAAUACAUACUCAUACAACAGACAACACAGCGAAAAAAAAACAAAGAAUCAUUCUUUGAAAUUGAUCGAUUCUAUAUAGUUGAUUAAAAUUAUUUUAUUCCA